AUGAUUGAGGUCUACGAAGAAGUACCUGUUCCCAAUCUCACUCCAAAUGGCGUCCUUUGCAAAAUGCUCGCAUCCGGUGUUUGCCGGAGUGAUCAUUCGUUGCUCACUAUAGACAACCAACCUUCUUGGUUUGAGGAGAAGUACAUUCUGGGACAUGAAGGCUGUGGCCAGGUCAUGAGAUUAGGCAGCGCGGUGCAGACUAAUGACAUAAAAGUGGGUGACGUUGUAGCUCUCCAUGCAGUCCCAGGCUGCGGAGAAGAAGAUUGUACAGAAUGCUCCCACGACUUGUCACAACUAUUAAAGGUUCCCGAGGGCGUCACCCCGGCAGAAGCCGCGGUAGCUACAGAUGCUGUGAGUACUGCAUACCACGCCAUCAUUAGAAGAGGAGAAGUCAAAAAAGAACACACUGUCUUUCUUUUUGGUCUAGGCGGCCUUGGGUUCAACGGUCUUCAGAUACUGUUGUACAUUGGAGCACGAGUUAUCAUUUCGGAUAUACGACAAGACCUUUUGAAUGAAGCAGAGCAUCUGGGCAUUCCGUCUAGCGACAUUGUGCCGGUCGGGACAUCUCCUCAAGACUUUGUCAUAGAAAGUGGUCUUUCGGGUAAGAUCGAUACUGUUUUGGAUUUUGUUGGCACUCAUCAAACAUUUGAAGACGCUCAACACAUUGUCCGUCGUGGUGGUAAGCUACUUUGCAUCGGAAGCCUGGAUACAGAAAACACCAUUCACAUGAAGAUUGGCACAAGGAAGAGGCUAUCGUUCAUCUUUUCUUAUGGCGCCCAAGUGGAAGACCUCAAGCAGGUGCUUAACCUCGUUGCAGCUGGGCAUAUCAGACCUCGUGUUGAGACAAGAAGGAUUACGGAAUUUGAGCAAGUUCUGGAUGAGCUAGUAGAAGGGAAGAUUAAGUCACGGGUUGCCUUACUUCAUGAAUAG